AUGCCGUCUGACAUCUUAUUUCGGCUGCAAGGUGCAGUGUGCAAUGUCUUGUGGCUUGCAGCAGCUCUGCUGCCACUGUCCAUUGCCAGUUUGGUUUUCUAUCGUCUGUACUUGAGCCCUCUGGCGAAUGUUCCUGGGCCUAAGAUUGCUGCGGCAACGUCUCUCUACCAUUUCUACCAUGAUGUGAUUCGUGACGGACAAUAUGUCUGGGUUGUGCGUGAUAUGCACAAGCAGUACGGACCGGUGGUGCGUAUUAGGCCGGAUGAGAUCCAUGUCAAUGAUCCCAAUGCUAUCGAUGCUGUCCUUGGCACGAUAGGCAAGCGGCGGAACAAGUACAAGGUCACGCUCAAUGGGUAUAUGGCAUAUGGAUCUGUUCUGGGCACCGAAAGCCAUGAUCUCCAUCGUCACCGUCGCGCAGCACUCAACCCUUUCUUCAGCAAACAGUCUGUGCGCAAGCUCGAGGGGACUCUGCACAAUGUAGUGACCAAAGUGGUGCAGCGACUGAGAGAACGUGCCGCGAAGCAGGGCCCUGAAGAAGGAAUCGUGAAUCUCAACGUUCUUUUCGCCUCGAUGACCAGUGACAUUGUCACCAAGUAUGCACUUGGCGAAAGCUGGGGCUAUCUGGACAUGAAGGACUUGAACGAGCAGGCGUACCGUGUGAUCUCCGCCAGUUGCAGUGGAUUCCAUCUCACCACGUUUGCACCCUCCGUGACCAGUAUGAUAAGGCGGUUGCCACGCAGUGUGAUGAUGCGCUUGAUUGACAUCUCUUUCUUCGAGAAGAUGGUGAAGUCCAACCCUUCUGAUGCGGUCUCCAACAACAUCUUCUACAAAAUGAUCACAUCCGAGCAGCUUCCCGAAGCCGAGAAGACGACGAAGCGUCUGAUCGACGAGGCCCGGAUCGUCAUUGCCGCGGGGACCGAUACAACCGCUCAAGCCCUUAAAGGCAUCACCUUCGAGAUACUGCAGAACCCACAGAUCCUUGCAAAACUCAAGCGGGAGCUUGAACAGGCCAUCCCGCUGUCCGACAACGACGAUGAGAUCAUCACGGACUUGCCUCGAGUAUCAGAUCUGGAAGAAUUGCCAUACCUGUCUGCCAUCAUCGAAGAAGGACUCCGCCUGUAUUCCGGCUUCUCGUACCGGCAGGAGCGCGUCUCCCCGGACGAAGACACCGUGAUAAAGACAACCUUCCGCGGACAAGAAAAGACAUACAUUAUCCCGAGGGGUACAUCGAUGGCUAUGACGGCCCCAAUUCUACACCGUCACGAAGACCUCUACGGACCGAACCCAGACACCUUCGAUCCAGACCGGUACCUGAAAAACAAGCACCUGAGCAAAUACAUGAUUACCUUUUCGCGGGGCCCGCGACAGUGCGUGGGCAUCAACCUCGCCUAUGCGGAAAUGUACCUUGCCCUCUCGACCAUCUUCCGCCGCUUCGACCUCUACGACGGGACGGACACGCAGACAGUCCCGACGAUGGAGCUGUACCAGACCACUCGCGACGAUGUGGUGAUGGUGCGGGACCGGGUGGCGCCGUUUGUCAAGACGGGGAGUUUGGGGGUGCGGGUGAAAUUGAGGCUUCCAGCAUCCUAA